GUUCAGGGGGGGCGGCGCGCGCGGGUCCCGCCAGCUCCGCUCCGGGUGGAACUCUCUCGGCUUUCUUUGGGUCCGGGUCUCCUUGGAUCCUUUCUGGCCCGGGUCUGGCUCAGAGGCUCGGUGACCGGGUCUGGCGCCGUGUUCGCUGUUGGGUUCUGCUCGGGGUUCGACUCGACUCAACGAGACUUGGUUAUCGGUCUUUCACGAUCCGGGUCGCGUUUGGUUCGGUCUGGGCUGUUGGUUCUCGGUGGCUUCGCACUCCCCCCACCCGCUUCUGGCCUAGGUGCGCUUCUGAAUCUGCAACCUGGUUCCACUCGACGACUCUUCCCUGUGUCUGGCCCAGCGCUGGGCUCUGGGACUCGUCUGCUGGCUCUGGGUCUCGGUCUGGGCCCGGCUCUGGACUGGCACGGGUUCAGCUCUGGUUGUGUUUUAGUGGCGGCUCUGGGCUGGCUCGAGUCUCGACCUCGUCCCGAGCUGGCUCGCGUUCUGAGGCUCAUCCUGGGCCGGGUCUGGCCCUGAUCCCCCCCUCCUCCUCCUCCUCCCCGCCGCCCCGGGCGGGCGAGGCUCCACUCUGGCCUCGUCUUCGGACUCGGAGGACGGAGGAGCGAGGAGCGGCGCUCCGCCCCGCAAGCGGCGCAGGCGAGAGGCGGCGGCGGCGGCGGCGGCAGGGGCCAUGCAGGGCCCCUGCCCCUCGGCCCUGCAGCCCGGGGCCAUCAAGGGCGCGUUGGGCCCCGGGCACCCCCCGGGGGAGGGGGCCCCGAGGAGACCGCGGCCUCGCAGGAUGAGCCGCACGGACGAGGACGUGAUCCGUCUGGUCGGGCAGCACCUGCAGGGGCUCGGCCUCACACAAACGGUGCAGAGGCUCGUGGAGGAGUCUGGCUGUCGACUGGAGCACCCGGCCGCAUCCAGGUUCCGGAGCCACGCGAUGGACGGGGAGUGGGAAAAGGCUGAGAAGGACCUCGGUGAGUUGAAGCUGCUGAUGAAUUCACCAAACGGAGUUGUGCACAUGAAGUUCCUGCUGCUUGAGCAGAAGUACCUGGAGCACCUGGAGGACGGGAAACUCCUGGAAGCACUCACCGUGCUACGCCAGGACCUCACGCCACUCAAGCACAACACGGAGAGAAUCCACGAGCUUAGCGGGUACCUGAUGUGCAGCACCGCCGAGGAGCUGAGGGACAAGGCCUCCUGGGACGGCAAGGGCCCGACCUCCAGAUGCCGGCUCCUGGAGAAACUGCAGGCAUUCCUGCCGCCGUCGGUGAUGCUGCCCCCGCGCCGCCUGCACACGCUGCUGCAGCAGGCGGUGGAACUGCAGCAGCAGCGCUGCCUCUACCAUAACUCGCGCCUGCAGCUGGAUCUGCCGGACGCCUGCCUGCUGCACGACCACUACUGCAGCCGGAAGAACUUCCCGAGCCACACGCGCCAGGUGCUCACGGAGCACUGCAACGAGGUGUGGUUCUGCAAGUUCUCCAACGACGGCACGCGGCUCGCCACGGGCUCCAAGGACUCCACCGUCAUCAUCUGGCUGGUGGAGCAGGAGAGCCAUCAGCUCAAGGUGGCGCACACGCUGGAGGGACACACGUACGGAGUCUCCUACCUCGCAUGGAGCCCGGACGACACGCACCUCAUCGCCUGCGGGCCCGAUGACUGCUCCGAGCUAUGGCUGUGGAACACACAGACCGGGGUGCUGCGUGUGAAGAUGUCGCAGUCGCACGAUGACAGCCUCGUGUGCGCCUCCUGGUUCCCGGACAGCCGUCGCUUCUGCACAGGCGGCCAGCGGGGACAGUUCUACCAGUGUGACCUGAACGGGACGGUGCUGGAGUCGUGGCAGGGCGUGCGCAUCCAGUGCGUUUGGUGCUCUGCCGACGGGAAAUCCGUGCUGGCGUCAGACACGCACCAGCGCAUCUGCAGCUACAACUUCGAGGACGUCACGGACCGGGCCUUGAUCCAGGAGGACCACCCCAUCAUGACCUUCAGCGUCUCCAAGGAUGACCGGCUGGCACUAAUCAACGUGGCCACACAGGGCGUGCACCUGUGGGACCUUCAUGAGCGCGCGCUCGUCAGGAAGUACCAGGGCAUCACACAGGGCCUCUACACUAUCCACUCGUGCUUUGGGGGCCCCAACGAGGACUUUGUGGCGAGCGGCAGUGAAGACCACAAGGUGUACGUGUGGCACCGCAAGCAGGAGCAGCCGGUGGCGGUGCUGGCGGGGCACACGCGCGCAGUCAGCUGCGUCAGCUGGAAUCCGCGAGUGCCCUCCAUGCUAGCCAGCGCCUCCGACGACGGCACCGUGCGCAUCUGGGGCCCCGCGCCCGCCCUGCCCGAUGGGGACCCCCACGCGCGGUGCCCGCGGGCCCAGGCGCAGCAGUCGGCGCAGCAGCCGACGCAGCAGCCGGCGCAGCAGCCGACGCAGCCGACGGAGCAACAGGCGCAACUGUGAGCGCGCGACCAUCCCUGCUGCAUUAGGCCUCUGCGUUGCGGGGCACGUGAUGGCUCGCUCCGCACGAGGGCAUCCUUAACCAGAACUUCCGUAACCACCGACGCCUGGGUUCCCAUCGUUGGCGCUGUUUUCCCUGCGCCGUCACUCCCGGGAUCCCGACCCCCGGCGAGAAACGCUCGCGCCCAUCCUUCCAUCUGACGUCGGUGCCGUCCGGCCUCAUCCCGAGCGUUCGGCUGUCUGUGCGACGGGUGUUUGUGUCCGAGGAGCCCCGUGGGGCCCGCUCCCCUACCGCUCCCCCCGGUCUUGCGCCGCCACGGAGGCCUUCUCGGCACGUGGUCGUUAGCUGCGCGUCUCCAACGGGCUCCGCCUGCGGCGUCCCUCACGCCCCCCCCCACCCGAGCGCUACAGUGGGUGGGACCCUCCACCUGAAUGAGUGCGGUUUGUGAGUGUACCCUCUGCAGCGUGUGCCCCCACACCCCAUACGGCGUUUUUUUUUUUACCAAAAGCACCGAUCCUCCCCCAAGACCUGAUUUGCACUGGCCGCAGGUCACCCCCGUCCCCCUUGCGCACCACCUUUAUUUGUGGGGGGGGGGGGGGGCUCCACGUUUUUUUUCGACACAUGCUCCAUCAGCGAACGACCGGACACGAUGGUCAAGUUCUCGAUAUGCGAAUGUUUUUGCCCGUUGUGUGUGCGCACGUAUCUGCUUCAUCCUCCUCGCCCGUUGCACGAACUUGGAGCAGACUCUGGAUGCCCCUCCCCGCAUCCCCUACGACGCGUUGACGCGAGCGCCGCGCAUUGACGUCUUUAAGAGGCCCGCUGUGACAAUCGCGCAGAGUGCCCUCGCGGCGCAGGCAAGCGGGCAGGAUCCUCGCGCCCACUCCACACAGUGCUCGGGCGGGGGGCGUGGGGACGGCGGUACCACACGCGAGUUCGUGGAAUCUCCCCCCGGAGUGCGUCCACCGGGAGAGGAAGGCGCCAACGCGGUCGGCGCAUGAAGACGGCUGGAAGGCGUCGUUGCUAGAGACCUGUGCGUCACCCAGAAUCCCUUUCAGCUUCCGCUGGGAUUUGCUGUCAUUGCUUCCUCGGCGUUUCACGGUCGCAACAUGUGCUGUUUUUCUGUCGUCUAUUGUGUCUGGAUUACGUGGGGGGGGCUGU